AUGAGGGACAAGCACCCCUUUUCUGCAAUUCUUCCCAACUUUGAGGUGAAGAUCAUCCCUGAAAACCCCUACAUCCUGACGACACCUGGCUUUCUUAGUGACAUCCAAGUGAUCAUCCAGGCCAGGUACAUCUACGGGAAGCCAGUGCAGGGGGUGGCAUAUGUGCGCUUUGGGCUCCUGGGUGAGGACGGUGAAAAGACUUUCCUGCGGGGCCUGGAGAGUCAGACCAAGCUGGUGGAUGGCCAGUGCCAAAUUUCCCUCCAAAAGGCUGAGUUUCAGGGUGUGCUGGAGAAGCUUCAUAUUAGCAUUAAUGACCUCCCAGGGCUGUGCCUCUAUGUCGCGGCAGCUGUUAUUGAGUCUCCAGGAGGAAAGAUGAAGGAGCAGAGCUCACAUCCUCGCAUUUCGUGUCAUCUCCUUUCUCCUUGGAUCUAA